UUUGCGCCAGUUGUCAGCUCAAAAAAAAAAGAACACAAAAAUUGUUUCAACAAUUUAAUGCCAAACAAAAAGAAUAAAAAUAAUAAACACUUUUGAUAAUAAAAUUGUUAUAGUAAAUAAAGUGAUAAUUAAAAAAAUAAUAAUAUUGUUUAAAUAAUAUUAAAAAAUAAUAGCAAGUUCAUUAAAAAUGAUAACCUAUUUAUCAUUAAUAUCAAUAUCAGCAGUGAUGGUGCUAUCACUAGAAUUGAGCCACGUAGCCGGUAGCCAAAUACCGAGAGUACGUGGUAUACCAUUUGAUAAAAAUUCACUUUAUAAUCCUGAUACAUUUACUGGAUGUCUUGAUGGUAGUAAAAAAAUACCAUUUAAACAAGUUAAUGAUGAUUAUUGUGAUUGUCCUGAUGGUAGUGAUGAACCAGGUACAUCUGCAUGUUCAAAUGGAUUAUUUCAUUGUCAAAAUCAUGGACAUGAAUCAAAGGAUAUAUCAUCAAGUCUUGUUAAUGAUGGUGUUUGUGAUUGUUGUGAUGCAAGUGAUGAAUAUAAUGGUAAAAUUAAUUGUCAAAAUAAUUGUAUGCAACUUGGUAAAGAAGCUCAUGCUGAACGUGAAAAAAAAGCAGCAUUAUUUAAGGAAGGUGAAGAAUUACGUGGACAAAUGAUAAAACGUGGUAAAGAACUUGAAAUUGAAAAUAAUGAAAAAUUAGCUGAAAUAAGAGUUAAUUUUAAAGAAUCAGAAUCAAUUAAAAUUGAAAAAGAACGUAUUAAACUUGAAGCUGAAGAAAAAGAAAGUGUUAUACUUGAAAAAUAUAAAAAAAUUGAAGCUGAAAAAAAUCCAGUACCACCAAUUGAAGUAUCAAAAGAACAUGAUGCUGAAGAAUAUUUUAGAAUGCUUGAUACUGAUGAAAGUGGUACAAUUGAUCUUCAUGAAAUGACAUCAAAAUUAAUAUUUGAUCGUGAUGGUAAUGGUAUUGUUUCUGAAGAAGAAGCUAUGUAUUUUUUGGGUAAUCAAGAUCAGCCAAAUGUUGAAGAAUUCAUUUACAAAGCAUGGGAUAAUAUCAAGCCAAUUAUUAUGAAAGAACAAGGUUUAUUUGUUCCACCAGCUCAAGCAACACCUGAAGACCCUGCUGCUAAUGUACCACAAGAUGAAAUGAAAGAUGACGAGGCACAUGAUAAUGAUGAGACACAUGAUGAUGAUGAUGAAGCACAUGAGGAUGAUGAUGAUGAUACACAUGAAGAAGCUGAAAAAGAACCAGAACCAGAAGUCAAAUAUACUGAAGAAGAACAAGCAAUUAUUAAUGAAGCUGAACAAUCAAGAAUUGAAUAUCAAAAAGCUGAAAAAGAUGUUAUGGAUUUACAAAAUGAACUUCGUUCACUUGAACAAAAAGUUGAACGUGAUUAUGGUGAAGAUAAUGUAUUUGCAUCAAUGGAUGGUGAAUGUUAUCAGUAUACUGAUUUAGAAUAUGUUUAUUCACUUUGUAUGUUUGGAAGAACAACACAAAGCUCAAAAAUGGGAGGUAGUGAAGUUAAUCUUGGACAUUGGAAUAGUUGGACUGGUCCUGAUAAUAAUAAAUAUUCUAAAAUGAAAUAUACAAAUGGUCUUACAUGCUGGAAUGGUCCAGCAAGAACAGUUGAUGUUGAACUUAUUUGUGGUAAAGAAAAUAAAUUAAUUGGCGUUGGUGAACCAAGUAGAUGUGAAUAUUCAAUGAUUUUUACAACUCCAGCAUUAUGUCAUGCAUCAAGUCAUCAUGAUGACGAGACUCGUGAUGAAUUGUAGAUACAAUUAUUAUUUUUUUUUUGUUUAACCAUCAACAAUACGUAAACUCAGUUUUUUUUAAAAAAAAACCAGAACAACAAAAACAACAAUUAAUAUCAUACAUUUAAAUAAACCGUAAACUAAAAAUCAUUUUUUUUUUGAGGAUUUCUACAACUGGCUGAUUAUUUAAUAAUCUUUAUUUUUUUUUCUACUCUCUCAUCUCUCUAUCUCUCUAAUUCUUUUUGUAAAAAAUAAUUGUCAAUUAACAUAAUUUUUAAUUUCAUUUUUAUUUUAUUUUUGAAACGCUCAGGAAGUGCCUAGUCAGAUCAGAUUUUUCUGCACAGCUAAAUGCAUUUGAUGAGUGAUUUAUAAUUUAAAUAUCUUUAGAUUUUAAAUAUAAAUAUUAAAAUUCAGCCAAUGUCCAAAAGAAACCUCAUGCAUUUAUAAAUAACA